AUGGUCCAGAUCCAGAACAUCGCUAUCGUUGCCGCCAUCGGCGCCGCUACCUACGCCACUGCCUCGCCGGUCGAGCAGCUGGAGGCCCUGGAGGCCCGCACGUGGAACACCAACUGCUGCAAGCUGCAGCUCAACUCUCUCCCCUCCUUCAACAAGAAGACCUCCGCCUGGGCCCCCGUUGCCCCCUGGAACAAGGCUUCGCUCCCUUCGUCCUCGUACGGCUGUGGUGCUCCCGGUAUCCCCAAGUGGAACGGCGGUGACAAGGCCAAGUGCGCCUACUUCUGGAACUGGUGGACUCCCUUCUGCCAGAAGGGCAACCAGCCCAAGCCCAACCCUGGCGGCAACGGCCCCAAGCCCGGCCCUGGCGGCAACAACGGUCCUGCUCCUGGCCCUGGUGGCAACAACGGUCCUGCUCCUGGCCCUGGUGGCAACAACGGCCCUGCUCCCGGCCCUGGUGGCAACACUGGCGGUAGCGGCUCUGGUUCGGGCUCUGGCUCUGGUUCGGGUUCUGGCUCUGGUUCGGGCUCUGGCUCUGGUUCGGGCUCGGGCUCUGGUUCGGGCUCUGGCUCUGGUUCGGGCUCUGGCUCUGACGGCGGCUCUGGCUCGGGUUCUGGUACCGGCUCCGGCUCUGGUUCGGGCUCUGGCUCGGGCUCUGACGGCGGCUCUGGCUCUGGCUCUGGCUCUGGCUCUGGCUCUGGCUCUGGCUCUGGCUCCGGCUCUGACGGCGGCUCUGGCUCUGGUUCUGGUACCGGCUCUGGUUCUGGCUCGGGCUCUGGCUCUGACGGUGGCUCUGGAUCUGGCUCGGGCUCCGGCACCGGUGGCAGCACUGGCGGCAGCACUGGCGGCAGCACUGGCGGUGACGGCACCGUCUGCACCUCCAAGUACCAGCAGACCUUCAGCAACUACCAGACCGUUGCUGACUCGGGUGUCUACCAGGGCCAGACCGUUGGCGCGGCUACGAUUGACAACGCCAACUACAUGACCUACCUUCUUGUCGACUCGGUUGACAAGUGCCUCGCCGCUUGCGACGCCACCGACGGCUGCUUCUUCGUCAACCUCUACCAGGACAACGCUUCCUCGCCCUCGGAUGUCUCUGAGCUCCCCGCUUCGGCUCAGUCCAAGUACACUCCCGGCAACCUCACUUGCGCCCUCUACAAGGCCUGCUCCGGUACCGAGAAGGCUACCAACUACGGCGGUCAGCAGGACCCCACCUUCAUCACCCAGUCGUCGGGUUACUGCAAGAACGGCAAGUGCUAA